UCAGUCCUCCGGAGCCACCGGCACAACAGAACGGACGGCCUGACAAUGCUCGAUUGAGACCGUGAGCUCGCGUCUGUUGCCAGGGCAGGUUUAAGCGGGGAAGAGGGCGGCUUUCCGGGCUGUAGACAGCGGGUUCGCGGAGCGUCUUCAGCGGGGAGCGCUGCGGUCCUGCCGCCGCCGCCACUGCUACAGCUGCCGCUACAAUGUUCGUUCAGGAGGAGAAGAUCUUCGCAGGCAAAGUCCUGAAGGUCCACGUCUGUACAAUGGAGGGAUCUGAGUGGUUGGAGGAAGUCACGGAAGACACCACUAUAGAGAAACUCAAGGAGAAAUGCUUAAAGCAUUAUGUCCAUGGAAGUCUAGAGGAUCCUAAAACCCUUACACAUCACAAACUCAUUCACGCCGCCACUGAAAGAAUUCUCACUGAAUCCAAAACAGUCUCUGAGGAAAAUCUUAAAGAUAAAGAUUGUUUAAUAUUGUUAAAGAAAAGACCUCCACCAGCUCCACCAAAAAUGACCGACAUAUCUUCUGAAGAGAAGAAGAAGCAAGAGAACAAAGCUCCAGAUAAGGAUGCCAUCCUCAAAGCCACAGCAAGCCUGUCCACUCGUAACACUGACCGUACUGUAACUCAGCACAACAUCAGAGAUUUUCAGACAGAGCUGAGAAAGAUUCUAGUUUCGCUUAUCGAGGUCGCUCAGAAGCUGCUGGCUCUGAAUCCUGAUGCUGUAGAGCUUUUUAAAAAGGCCAAUGCCAUGCUAGAUGAGGAUGAGGAGGAUCGUGUGGAUGAAGCAGCCCUGCAGCAGUUGACUGAGAUGGGUUUCCCUGAGAGUCGUGCUGUGAAGGCUCUGCGCUUAAACCACAUGUCUGUCACCCAGGCUAUGGAAUGGCUGAUUGAGCAUGUUGAUGACCCCAUGGUUGAUACGCCUCUACCAGGACAGGACAGUCCAGGGGCGGCCGCCGCUGCAGCACCCGCUCCAGGAGCCUCUGCCACAGCUUCAGCAGCCCGUGCUCGUUUGACCUCCCAGGCCAGCAUAGACGAGGCCAAACAGGACGAACUGACAGAGAUCUUUAAAAGGAUCAGAAGGAAAAGAGAGUUCAGGCCAGACUCACGGGCAGUGAUUGCACUAAUGGAGAUGGGCUUCGAUGAGAAGGAAGUGAUCGAUGCUCUUCGCGUCAAUAAUAAUCAACAGGAUGCAGCUUGUGAAUGGCUGCUCGGUGACAGAAAGCCCACUCCUGAGGAUCUGGACAAAGGCAUUGAUACCAAUAGUCCACUGUUUCAGGCCAUCCUGGAGAACCCUGUUGUACAGCUUGGUCUUACAAACCCCAAGACUCUUCUAGCAUUUGAGGACAUGCUGGAGAACCCGCUGAACAGCACGCAGUGGAUGAAUGAUCCUGAGACAGGUCCCGUCAUGCUCCAAAUCUCCAGAAUCUUCCAGACACUCAACCGCACAUAAGCACACCUCAUCUCUGGAGCAGCCGGAACCACAGUGCAGCGGAAAAGGUCAAUCGUUUAUAAGAGAACUGUGUGAGUUUGUGUGUGUGUGUUUGUGGCAUAAUUAUUGUUUAAGUGGGAAGUCACAGAUGAUGAAUGUAAAAAUACGAUGAUGACAUUUUCACAUCAUGAUAUACAGAGGAAAAUAUCUAUUUAUAUCUCUACUCAACACUUGUACAAAGCAGUAACUUAAUGAUGAAUCGCUAACUACAUUAUUUAGUUUUUUUUUUUAUAUUUUAGGAAGAUUUGUUUUUAAUUAUAUUAAGCACAUGCUUUAUUUUAUGUAAUUUUUUCCCUGUGUAAUUGUACAAUUAGUCAUUUAAAAAGAAGAAAAACAAUUUUGUAUGUUACCUGUGCGCAAAGAUCAAAUUCGAACCAAAUUAUGACACCUCACACAGUACAUUUAAAUGUUUC